AUGGAGCCCAACAGUCCCAAAAAGAUACAAUUUGCUGUGCCUUUAUUCCAGAGUCAGAUUGCUCCUGAAGCAGCAGAGCAGCUGGGCCUUUUUUGUUUACAGAUCAGAAAAAGAAGACCUACACCAGCAUCACUUGUGAUUCUCAAUGAACAUAAUCCCCCAGAAAUAGAUGACAAGAGGGUGACCAACACACAAGCUGAAUCACAAAAUGCAUCCCCUAAGCAGAGGAAGCAGAGCGUGUACACACCACCGGCCAUGAAAGGAGUUAAGCAUCUGAAGGGCCAGAAUGAAUCAGCAUUCCCUGAAGAAGAAGAAGGUGUAAACGAAAGAGAGGAGCAGUGGGACCAUUAAUUACGGGUCUGCAGCAAGAAGGCUUCUUGGGAAUAACUGAACUAUUAACUUUUCUGAAUAUCGUAUGGAAGGCCACUCCUUGACUUCCAGAAGCAUUCUCCACCUCUUCUCUCCACACUCAUACAGUAGUAAUACACCUCCUGGGAAGCUGUCCCUGAUUGAACUUUAGAACUAAGUACAGAUUGUUCGAUAUUACAUCCAAUUAAAGAAUAAACAUUUAUUUUAUGGUGAUUUUUCCUUUUAAUGACAUUUGCAUACAUGUGAGUGUUCUAACUUUAAUACUGCCCAGCUUAGUCCCUGAUGUCCUACUGAAGCGGUUUGCCUUCUAAGGUCAAAUGUAAAUAGCUUCACUUUGAAGAGUAAAAAAUAAACGCUAAAUACAUUUAGACAUGACUGUGUGUCUGGGUUUAACUUACAGAAGAAUGUUUAACGAAACUUUUAAGAUCUACAUUUAUCAUAUUUCUGUACACAGAGGGGUCCACAGUGUUUAUUUCAAAAUGAAGAAAUGCUAGAUUUCUUGAUUCAAAAGAUCUCAAUAUAUGAGUCUUUAGAUGCUAAACAUCCUUUUUCCUCCAGCAUGUUAAUGGACAAAGGACAGCAGAAUUUUCCUCAUUUUUUGAGCUGUGAGAGAUAUAUUUCCCAUCAUUUCCACUAGCUAUUAAGAAAAAAAAAUGCUAAAUCUAAAAUAAAAUAUGCCCAAAUCUCCCCUGCCACUUUUUGUUACUUGAAAUCUGAGCUAUUUCCUGUUGCAUUUUAGGAAAUCAUUAGUAUUUU